AUGAAGAAUAAAAACUAUGGAAAAGUUUCUGCAAAAUGGAUUCCCAUUUUUUCCAUCUUUUUCUUCUUGCUUGGGAUGAUUUUCACCAACAAAUUCUGGGGUCCAUUAGAAACCAACAAUCAGUUCAUAUCUCAGCAUAGACAUGAACAAGAGUUGCAGAUCGUCUCCGAGGAUUGCGCGACAAACAAAAAGGGGUCAUCUGUAACUUCUAAAGAGGGACCUCCAAGGAAGAAGGCAUUUAUGGUAAUUGGAAUUUAUACGGCUUUCUGUAGUAGGAAGAGACGGGAUUCCGUUAGAGAGACUUGGAUGCCUCAAGGGGAACAGCUUCUCAGAUUGGAGAAGGAGAAGGGGAUCAUCGUCCGCUUCAUGAUUGGACAUAGCGCAACAUCCAACAGCAUAUUGGAUCGAGCUCUUGAUUCUGAAGAAGCUCAACACAAGGACUUCCUCCGGCUGGAUCAUGUUGAAGGAUAUCAUGAACUGUCUGCAAAAACAAAAAUUUUCUUUGCCACUGCUGUUGAAAAAUGGGAUGCUGAUUUCUAUAUUAAAGUUGAUGAUGAUGUCCAUGUCAAUUUGGGUACACUUGCUGCAACUCUUGCCCGACAUCGAUCUAAACCACGAGUUUACAUUGGGUGUAUGAAAUCUGGACCUGUUCUUUCUUCAAAGGAUGUAAAAUACCAUGAACCAGAAUUUUGGAAAUUCGGAGAAGAAGGAAACAAAUACUUCCGUCAUGCAACUGGGCAGAUAUAUGCCAUUUCGAAAGAUUUGGCUACAUACAUCUCAAUCAACCUGCCCAUAUUGCACAAGUAUGCCAAUGAAGAUGUGACGCUUGGUGCAUGGUUCAUCGGUCUUGAAGUCGAGCACAUUGAUGAACGCAAUAUGUGCUGUGGAACUCCUCCAGAUUGUGAAUGGAAGGCACAAGCAGGCAAUGUAUGUAUUGCUUCCUUUGACUGGAGUUGCAGUGGAAUUUGCAAGUCAGUAGAGAAGAUCAAAUUUGUACACGAAAGGUGUGGUGAAGGAGAUGAGGCUCUUUGGAAUGCUUUACUAUAA